AUGCCGCCACGUAUGAGAGGAAGAGGAAGGGGACAAGGAGCAUAUGCAGCCCCAAACGACCACGAAGCCGGACCUUCGCACAGGCGAACACCUUCAGGCUCCCAUAACUCAGAUGUUCAAAAUCUUUGGAGGUCUUUUACUGAACCUGCAAGGCACUCAGUUUCACUGAGUACCUCACCUUCUAUCCCACACUCCUUCGGGCUUCAAUCAGAAAAUGAGCCCCACAACUCUCACCAGUCCUAUAUUCCUCUCCAAGGACACCAAUCACCCUUUGACCACCCAUCACCUGUUUUCCAAGGCCCGUACAACCCUGCUGACUACCUUGAUGUGCCUAUGGGUUUUAACCCACUUGGACCAGAAGACCAUUUUCCUGGUGGCAAUGCGAUGGAUAUCGAUGAAGAUACCGAUCCCUCAAUGCCACCAUCUGGAACUCCGAACCACCCUGUCGAGAUUUCUGAUGGGUCACCUUUUAUGGGAUCACCAUACAAUGGUCCCGACAGCUUUGAGGAGAGAUUCAGGCAGUAUAACUGGGUAUUUACCCCUAGUUACCAUAACUCUCCCCUGCACCAGCCGCAACACAGCUCUCCCUUGCACCCCCAGCAACAGCCUCAGCAACAGCCACAGCAACAGCAGAAUCCUUCUGAGGAUUCCCGACUUGUCGCGGUCACUCCACCGCCGCCACCACCUCCGGUUCUUCCUCCCCCGCCUCCGAGGCGAAGAGGAAGGAACGUACGGAUUUCCGCACGAGGGGGAGUACGCAUCGGCACCCCUCCACAUUCAGAGGAUCCCUACUGGGUAGCUGCGAACUACAACUCUCUCAAUCCGGAAGGUACUUUUGGAGGUCUCUGGGCUACGGGACAAUCUACCUAUGGAUACCCAUCAUAUGGAUAUCAGCAGCCGCAGCCUCCUCAACCACCGCAUUAUCCGCUACCACCGCAGGCACCGAUGAUGUCGCCGCCACAAGUUCAAGAAAUCCUUCAAGGGAUAAAUGAAGUGCGACGAGAGAUGCGGCAUGAAUUGCGGGAAGAUCGUCGGCAUAAUCGUGGGAUGUUUAAGAAAAUUGUGGAUUUAAUCAAGGGAAAAAGCAAGAAGGACUACUAA